UAAUAUUUUUUGUUCAUAUUUCAUCGGUAAUUCGUUAUUAAAUUAGCUAAAUAUUACUCCCGUUGGACCGUUGAAGGAAUGUCUUCUAAAAGUAGUUCUUGUACCUCGAAGUUUAUGACUCGUUACAAACAUGCAGAUUUUCAAGAUGACGAUACAAGUUCAACCGGAGCAAUUCAAUUGACAGAAACUAAUUCUAGUUCUGGUUAUCACCUACGAUAUCAUACUGCUAGGGCAACAUCAAAAUGGCGGUCCCGAAACAAGUUAGAACGCUGUCUUAUUAUAACGACAGGUCUAAUGUCCUCGAUAAUUCUUGUUUUAAUUGUAUUGAUAGUAGUUCAUUCGCAUGAUAAUACAACCCGCAUUCUACACGUCCAACCGCACAAUGAAAAAAUUCAACAAACUGCACCACCGAAACUCAGGCAACCCCACGCAGUUGUUGAUUCACCAUCGCCUACAACAUUACCUUCAUCGUCGGGAGGGCCCUGCCUCAACAAGUAUUGUAUUUUUGCGGCAAGUGAGAUACUUAAAUCAUUGGACAUGAACAUUGAUCCUUGUGAGGAUUUUUAUGGUUUCGCAUGUAACCAAUGGAUACGGGAAAACCCAUUGCCCGAUGGUAAAUCUGUUUGGGGAACAUUUGGCAAAUUAGAAAUGCAUAAUCAAUUGGUUAUAAAAAACAUUUUAGAAAAACCAUUUAGUUAUUUUAAUUCGGAAGCUGAAAAAAAAGCAAAACUUUAUUACCAAUCAUGCAUGGAUGAGGAUGAAACUAUGGACAUGUUGGGUGGGAAACCAAUGUUAGAAUUUAUACGCAAAGUUGGUGGUUGGAAUAUUUCGACGCCUGGCUUUCGCAUUGAUAAAUGGUCACUAGACUUGACAUUGAAAAUGUUGCAGAAUAGAUACAAUAUGGGUGGAUUUUUUUCCUGGGCCGUUGGUGAGGAUGAUAAAAAUUCCUCGAAUCAUGUGAUUCAAAUCGAUCAAGGCGGCCUAGCUUUGCCAACGCGCGAACACUAUUUAAAUAAAACCAUACACGAAAAAGUUCUUACAGCUUACCUGGAAUAUAUGACCAAAACUGGUGUCCUUUUGGGUGGCAAUGAGGCUGAUGUCAAACGACAAAUGCAGGAUGUUCUUGAGAUUGAAACAAAAAUUGCCAGAAUAACAGCGCCACCCGAAGAACGACGAAACGAAGAAGCUCUAUACAACUCAAUUAAACUACGUGAAGUCGAUGCAAUGGCUCCAUUUUUAAAUUUCACCGCACACUUUGCCGAUGCUCUACAAACAAUCAACAGAAAAGUUACCCAAGACGAGAGGGUUAUCGUCUAUGCACCGGAAUUUUUGAAAAACCUAUCCACCCUUGUUCAGGAAUAUCAAAAAACUGAUAAAGGAAGAAUAGCUCUCAACAACUAUCUGGUUUGGCAGGGAGUACGAACUCUAACCACUUGCCUGUCAAAACCAUUUCGUGAUGCCUACAAAGGUGUCCGCAAAGCUUUGCUCGGUUCGGAUGGUACCGAAGAAACAUGGCGCUAUUGCGUUAGCGAUACGAAUAAUGUAAUUGGAUUUGCUGUGGGGGCAAUAUUUGUGCGUCAAACAUUUCAGGGCAAAGCCAAGCCUCAGGCUGAGAAAAUGAUCGAAGAAGUUCGCAAUGCAUUCAAAAACAAUUUGCGAAACAUCAAAUGGAUGGAUGUGAAGACCCGACAAAUGGCUGAAGAAAAAGCUGAUGCCAUAACCGAUAUGAUUGGUUUCCCCGAAUAUAUUCUAAAUACAACCCAAUUGGAUGAGAAGUACAAGGACUUGCAAUUGAAUGCCAAUGAAUAUUUUAACAAUAAUUUACGAAUAAAUCAGUUCAAUUUGAAGAAGAAUUUGGAGAAAUUAGAUACACCGGUUAAUAAGAGUGGCUGGGGUAUGACACCGUCAACGGUGAAUGCCUAUUAUACGCCAACUAAAAACCAAAUUGUAUUCCCCGCUGGGAUUUUGCAAAAACCAUUUUAUGAUGUGAAUAAUCCGAAGAGUUUCAAUUAUGGUGCUAUGGGUGUGGUGAUGGGGCAUGAAUUGACACAUGCCUUUGACGAUCAGGGUAGGGAGUAUGAUAAAUAUGGUAAUUUGAAUAAAUGGUGGGAGCCGAAGAGUAUUGAGAGAUUUGUGGAACAAACGGAUUGCAUAAUCAAGCAAUAUGGCAAAUUUAAAGUUAUUGGAAUGAAUUUAAAUGGCAAACAGACUGUUGGAGAAAACAUUGCAGACAAUGGAGGUUUAAAGGCUGCUUUUAAUGCUUAUAUUAAUUCUAAAAAUGAAAAGGAAGCUGAUUAUCUCUCAUUGCCAGGGUUAAAUUUAACACACAGGCAAUUGUUUUUUGUGUCGUUUGCUCAGGUUUGGUGUUCUGUGGUCACUGACGAAGCAGCAACAUUGCAAAUCGAAAAGGAUCCCCAUGCUCCACCAGAAUAUCGUGUCAUUGGGCCCCUAUCGAAUUUAAAAGAGUUUUCCAGAGAAUUCAAUUGUCCACUUGGAUCACGAAUGAAUCCAAAAGAAAAAUGUGAAGUUUGGUAAAGCAACAAAAAAAAAAAAAACAAAAUAUAUAUAUCAAAAAAAUGACCAUAAUUGAUUCAAAAUGAUAACAAAAAAAAAA